CGGAGGAAACUGGCCGUGGGGGAGGAGGCCUGGGCCGGGGUUCCUGUCACGUGACCACUCUCCUGGGCUCCCUCUCGGCGGCAGAGGACGACGGGGCUCCUCAGGACUCAGUGCCCAGGCCCAGACCUUGAGGCUCCCCGACAGGGCCCCCGCGCACUUCCUGGCAGCGCCCAGAGAUGCUGCGGCAGCCGGGGGCGUCGGGCCCCGGGGAGCCGGAGGCCGAGGAGGAGCUGUGGGCGGAGGAGGUGGAGAGGCUGCGCUGCUCGCGCGCGCCCGCGCGGGGGCUGCCCUACGCCCUGGCGGACAGACCCCCUGCUGUCCCCUCAGGCCUCUUUGGCACCGGAAUCCAGUCCUACUUCACCUUCCUGCGCUUCCUGCUGCUGCUCAACCUGCUGACCCUGCUUCUGACCACCAGCUUCGUCCUGCUGCCCCUGGUCUGGCUCUGCCCGCCUGGCCCGCACCCUGCCCUCAACCUGACCGUCCAGUGCCCCGGCGGUCAGCAGCCCCAGAGUGGAUCUCGGGAGUUCCACAACCAGCUCUGGAAUGUCUUAACCGGCAGGGCCUUCACCGACACCUACCUCUUCUACGGCGCCUACCGGGCGGGGCCCGAGAGCCGCUCCACCUACAGCACCCGCCUGGCCUACCUGCUGAGCCCGCUGGCGGGCCUGCUGCUCUGCUUCUGCGGCACCCUCCAGCGGAUGGUGAAGGGGCUCCCGCAGAAGCUGCUCCUGGGCCAGGGCUACAGCUCGGCCCUCGGCGCCAAGGUCUUCUCCUCCUGGGACUUCUGCAUCCGCGGCCCGGAAGCGGCCGCCAUCAAGAAGCAUGAGAUCAGCAAGGAGCUCAGGGUGGCCCUGGAGGAGGGGCGCCUCUCCCUGCAGACGCGCGAGCGCACCCCGGCCCAGCGGGCCUGCUGCCUGCUCAGCUACCUGCGGGUCAACGUCCUCAUCGCCCUCCUGGUGGCCGGGGCCAUCAGCGCCAUCUUCUGGGCCACCAAGUACUCGCAGGACAAUAAGGAGGCGCCGCUGUUUGUGCUGCUGCAGUACCUGCCCCCGGGGGUCAUCGCCCUGGUCAACUUCCUGGGCCCCCUGCUGUUUGUGUUCCUGGUCAAGCUGGAGAAAUACUCCCCCAACACCGAGGUCAACCUGGCCCUGCUCUGGUGCGUGGUGCUGAAGCUGGCCAGCCUGGGCAUGUUCUCCUUCUCGCUGGGCCAGACCGUGCUGUGCGUGGGCAGGAACAGCACCAGCUGCGAGCCCUACGGCUAUGACGUCUGCGAGUACCGGUGCUGGGAGAACUCGGUGGGAGAGGAGCUGUACAAGCUGAGCACCUUCAACUUCCUGCUCACUGUGGCCUCCGCCUUCCUGGUCAGCCUGCCCAGGAGGCUGCUGGUGGAGCGGUUCUCGGGCCGGUUCUGGGCCUGGCUGGACCGGGAGGAGUUCAUGGUGCCCAAGAAUGUGCUGGACAUCGUGGCGGGACAGACGGUCACCUGGAUGGGCCUCUUCUACUGCCCCCUGCUGCCACUGCUCAACAGCGUCUUCAUCUUCCUCACCUUCUACAUCAAGAAGUACACCCUGCUGAGGAACUCCAGGGCGGCCUCGCGGCGCUUCCGGGCCUCCAGCUCCACCUUCUUCUUCCAGCUGGUGCUCCUCCUCGGCCUGCUCCUGGCCGCCGGGCCCCUGGGCUACGUGGUCAGCAGCGCCCACUCCUCCCGGGACUGCGGCCUCUUCGCCAACUACUCGGCCCCCUGGCAGGUGGUCCCAGAAGCCGUGGCCCUCCGGCUCCCACCUGAGGGCCAGCUCGUCCUGCACUACCUGGGCUCCCAAGCCUUCACCUUCCCCCUCCUCAUCCUGCUCAGCCUCGUGCUGACCGUGUGGGUCUCCCAGUCCCACGCCAACGCCAGGGCCAUCCAGCUGCUCCGGAAGCAGCUGCUGUGGCAGGUCCAAGAGAAGUGGCACCUGGUGGGGGACCUGUCGCGGCUGCUGGGACAGCGUCCCAGCGACUCUCUGGGGCCCGAGUCCCCGCGCGCCCGAGCCUCGCGCCCACUGUCCUUCUGCCCCGGAUUCCCGUGCCCCAGCUCCCCGGAUCCUGGGUCCCCCAGGCCCGGACCUUCCCUGCGCUCCCCGGGCCCCGGGCCACAGGAGGCCGCCUGCAGAUUCCGCUUCCCUGGCUGCCCCGAGUAGCCCCCCUGGGCCUCGCCCACAGCAGCGCUGCAGGGUGCCGCUGCCUCGCGUCCUGCCCUCCGGCGGCAGGCACCCCUCAUGUGUGCCCCCAGUUCGCCAAAGGCGGGGCACACAGCCAAGGGCAGCAGGAAAGAACUACGUGAACUUGUCUUUAU